AUGAAGCAAACGAUAGAGGACCCAUUCUUUGAAGCUGAACCAACUGUUACGGAAGAGCUCAAGCAAUGUAUCCCCACAGCAGAAGGCUCAUUACGAUAUCUACAAUCUUUAUUUCCUUGCUUAGGAUGGCUGCCAAGGUAUAAUUGGCGAUGGCUUGUUGGUGAUAGCAUCGCUGGUCUUACUGUUGGCUUGGUCGUUAUUCCUCAAGCCAUGGCGUAUGCUCUAUUGGCUACACUACCACCAGAUUUUGGGCUAUAUACUUCCUUUGCUGGUGCAGCGACAUAUUGGCUUUUCGGUACUUCAAAAGAUAUAGUCAUUGGUACAACAGCCAUCGGCUCACUACUCGUCGGUGAAAUCAUUACCCAUGUCCACGAAGCACGACCCGAUACCUACACAAGCGUCGAGAUUGCCAAAACAUUAUCAUUCAUGACUGGUAUCAUCCUAUUCGCAUUAGGCCUUCUUCGUCUUGGAUGGCUAGUCGAAGUAAUUCCCUACAUCCCCGUCUCAGCUUUCAUCACGGCCGCUAGCAUAAUCAUCAUGUGCACUCAACUACCAGUACUCUUGGGUAUCCCUGGAGUCAAUACUCGCGACGAUCCGUACAAAGUACUCAUCUCAACCAUGCGUAAACUGCCAGACGCACAGCUUGAUGCUGCCAUCGGUAUCACAUGUUUGGUCUUGUUGGAGUUGGCAAAGUACGUUUUUACAAAGUUGGAAGCUCGUCAACCUGCGCGAAAGAAGCUUUGGUCUAUCAUGUCAUCUUUGCGCCUUACUUUCGCCAUGUUACUUUACACUCUAGUGAGCUAUCUAGUCAACCGCAACUUGUCCGAGGAGGAGAGCAAGUUUAGAAUUGUUGGUCAUAUCAACCAAGGGUUCAUCCAUGCUGGACCUCCGAAGCUCAAGACAGACCUCAUCGGUGUCAUCUUGCCUCAAAGCCCCAUCAUUCUGGUCAUUCUGAUCGUCGAGCACAUCGCCAUUGCCAAAAGCUUCGGUAAGAAGCUCGGAUACGACGUUGUUCCAUCACAAGAGAUCAUGGCCCAAGGCACAGCUAACAUCCUUGGGCCAUUCGUUGGAGGUUACUCAUGCACUGGUUCCUUCGGUGCAUCAGCCGUUCUUUCCAAGGCUGGUGUUAGAACACCACUGGCUGGACUCUUCAGCGCUUUCAUGUUGCUCCUGGCGCUUUAUGCUCUGACUGGAGUCUUUUACUUUAUCCCCAGAGCAGCUUUGGCUGGCUUGAUCAUUCAUGCUGUUUUCAACCUCAUCGCAUCCCCUUCUACAGUCCGCAAGUACUGGCGUUUAUCGCCAUUUGAGUGCUUGAUCUGGGUUGUUGGUGUUGUCAUGGCUGUGUUUACUGGUCUUGAGCCUGCUAUCUACACUACCACUGGCCUCUCAUUUCUGCUCCUGCUUGUACGCAUUGCGCGGACAAGAGGCGAAUUUCUGGGCAAGGUCGAAGUUGAGCAGACUGUUGAGACGUCAGAAACUACGGAUAACUCUAAAAAGCCAGCCACGCGCGAUGUUUAUCUGAGUCUGGAUCGAAAUGAUGCUUCAAACCGAGAUAUUUUGGUGGAAAGCCCACAUGGAGGUGUUCUCAUCUACCAUUUCCCUGAAGGCCUGAAUUACCUCAACCAGGCACAACAUCUGAAGAACUUGACGGACUACGUCUACACUCAUACCAGACGACCCACAGAGGAGCAAAAGGAAGAAAAGGGCGAGGCUCUUUGGUGUGACACAUCAGGCUUGUGCAAACAGGACAACGACCUACCAGUACUACGAGCCAUCGUCAUAGACUGUUCAACAAUUAACAAUAUUGACAUCACCAGUGUACAAGGCUUGGUAGAUGUCCGAAACGCAAUUGAUCGAUGGGCAAGUCCAUCAACGAUACAAUGGCAUUUUGGUGGUUUACACAAUCGCUGGGCGCGAAGAGCUUUAGCAGCCGUCGGAUUCGGUCAAAACAGUACUGAAAAUGGCUACUCGUUUGGAAGUUGGACUUUUGUUCCUACUUCAUUCGGUGAAGCAACAGAAGGCGACCACAGAAGAAGAACAAGUACAGAUGUCGAGAAUACAAUUGGCACGCAACACAAUGAGCUCAGUGGCGAGAAGCAACUUUUCCCAGUUUUCGCACUUGACAGACCAUUGUUUAAUGCGGAUCUUGGCGAAGCGGUGAGAGCGGCAUUGGAGUACGCGCGUAAAAGCGAGUGCCGUUCUCAUUCACAGACCGAUACGGAAACUGAUUAA